AGUAUGUAAUGAUGUGGCAGCCAUUCUGCUGUUUUUCUGAUGUCUAUUUCAGGUGUGACAAUUAUAGUGUGACAAUGUAUAAUACUCCUUUUUUUUGAAUAGUAGUAUCAUGAGAUCUGGGUACCUUAUUCUGUAUUGUACUUUAUUGUGUACCCCUUAGUAGAAGAUGUCAUCAGAACGGAAAAGCAUGAGUUCACCAGGCGAAACAAAAGAAGGCUAUCUAUCUUGACAUGAAAAUGAAGUUCAUACAAGAUUUUGAAGCUGGUAAAAAAGUUAAAGCAAAAAACACAGAACUAGAAUCUGGUGCAUUGAACCAUUUCAAUAAUCCUCAAGGAUAAAGAUAGUGAAAGAAGCAGUGAAAACAUCAAUAGGAUUUAAAACCAUAACUUUGCAGCAGAAAGGCCUCUUUCAUGACAUGGAAAAAUUAUUGGCCAUCUGGUUUGAUGACCAGAUAUAAAAAGAAUGCCAAUGAGUCUUUCAAUAAUUCAAACCAAACACUCACUAUCUUCAAGACUUUGAAAGAACAUAAAGGUGAAGAAUUGAUGGAAAUUUUUACAUCCAAGUCAUGUAUGGUUUCAGCAGUUUUGUGGAAGAUUCAACCCGUAUAGUUGGCGUGUCAGUGACAAGUGCAGACAUAGAAGCAGCAGAAAAAUUCCUUGACCAAUUUGAUAAAAUCAGAAAGGCAGCUACUGCCCAGAAAAAAUCUUCAAUGUGGGUGAAACCAGACUUUGUUUUGGAAGAGAAUGCCUAAAAGGUUCUACAUACACAAGUUAAAAUAAUGCCCAGCUUCAAGGCUUUCAAGGACAGUCACACUGUUGGGAGGAAAUGUUACUGAGUUCAAAUUGAGGCCUUUCCUCUACCACUUGAAGAACCUCCUUGUAUUGAAGCAGCUUAGUAAUCAUGUGCUGCCUGUUUACUAUCAAGUGAGUAACAAGGCUGGGAUGACUUAAGCUUUCUUUGAAGCUUUGAAGACUGGUUCAUCAACUGCUUUAUACCCCUGGUGAAGUACUACUGUCUGGAAAAGGGCAUUCCCUUUAAAAUUAUCCGCCUGCUUUGCAUCAGGAGGCCACCCCCAGCAUCUUGAUCUACAACCAGAUGUAAGGGUAAUGUAUCUACCUAAAAAUACAACUGCUGUCUUGCAGCCCAUUAAUUAGGGAGCUAUAGCUACUGUUUGCAUUCAACUUUUAGCAAAGCUGUAGCAGCAACAGAAAACAUGAAUGAUUAUGUUACCUUAGUGAUUUCUGGAAAUCAUACAUUUUAGGCUGCAUUAAGAACCCUGAAUCAGCUUGGGAAGGAGUGAAAGAAAAGUGUAUUUAAGGCAUAUGGGGAAAAUGCCUAAAAAGUUCAUGCAUAAUUCAGAAGCACUUGACAAAGAUGAACAUGUCAUUCUCAUAAAGGAAACCACUGUGGAACUUGCUAACAUGCUUAAUUUGGAGAUUGAAGUGCAAGGUAUUGAAGACCUAGUGAAAUAUACUGAGAGAGAGCUAAGUACAGAAGAUUUAAUAGAGUUGGAAACACAGCACCACUUAGAAGAGGAGGAGGAAGAGGAAAGAAUUGAAGUACUGUACCAGAGAAGUUCACUGCAAAGGGAUUAGCAGAUCAUUGUUAUCAGAAAGGAUGGAGUUAGGGAAAGGAAGCCUGCUUAGGACUGGACUGAACGCAUUGCAUCAAGCCUUGCACCCGGCCCACGGCCUAGCCUGGACUGAUGGAAGUCAGGUAGUCCUGACUGAGUUACAGCUUCACAGUGGAGGGGCCGAGUUUGGGGACUCCAGCGUCCUUGGUCAGUUCGAACAUGUCAGGAGGGUCUCCUGGGCCCCUCCUCACCCGGCUGGCGUCCCUGCUCUGCUUGCUGUGCAGCACAAGAAGCACGUGACUGUGUGGCAGCUGUGUCCCACCACUACGGGGUCAAGCAAAUGGCUGAUGUCUCAGACCACCGAGAUUAGACAGUCUCUCCCUGUCCUACCCCAGGGCUGUGUGUGGCACCCGAAAAACACUGUCCUAACCGUGUUAACUGCACACGAUGCCUCUGUUUUCCCGGAUGUUCACUGUGACAGUUCCCGGGUGAAAGUGGACAUCGGCACCCAAGGCCACAUUCACUGUGCGUGUUGGACCCAGGACGGCCAGAGGCUGGUGGUGGCAGUAGGCAGCAGCCUUCAUUCUUACCUCUGGGACGGUGCUCAGAAGGCUCUUCGCAGGGGCUCCUUCUGCCCAGUGUUCAGUGUGGACAGCUGUGUCUGCUCCCUCAGGGCCACCGUGGACUCAGAGGUUGCUGUCACCACUGAGCUUCCACUGGACAAGAUUUGUAGCUUAAAUGCAUCCGAACCCAUUGAUGCUCCAACUAAUGGCGAGGACGGCCUGCAUAUUUCUCCAGUAGUUGGCGAGCUGUCCUCUGUGGAGGAAGCAGCCGCCUCGGAAACAGAUUGUGAAAUACCAGCUUCUCCUUCCUUUUCAGAUCUUCUGGAUCUUACUCAUUUACAUUUCAACCGACCUCCAUCUGAGGAAAGUGCUCUUCUUUGUCUAAGAAAAAAGGACUACUUGACAGGAACUGGCCAGGAUUCCUCUCACUUGGUCCUUGUUAGCUUUGGGAAGGAGGCUGAUGUGACCAGAAGAGUCGCUAUUCCGGGCAUUCUGGUUCCUGAUCUGAUAGCAUUCAAUCACAAAACACAGGUAGUGGCGGUGGCUUCCAAUACUUGUAAUAUAAUUUUGAUCUAUUCUGUCAUUCCGUCUUCAAUGCCAAACAUCCAGCGGAUUCUGUUAGAGAGUGAUGAAAGACCAAAAGGCAUAAGUUUCAUGACGGACAGAUCAUUACUAAUUUUAGUAGGAAGACAAAAGUCUCCUGAUAGGACAUUUCCUCCUUCUUCAGAGUCUGAUCAGUACGUCAUCCGCUUGGUUGUUAGAGAAGUCAUGUUGGAAGACUCUUCAGUAACAUCUCAUGGCAGCCAGAGUGUUGAUGCUACUUCCAGUGCUCUGUUAAACAAAGCAAAUGGAAAAAAGUUAAUUGAAAGUCUUCCCGCAGAUUUUUGUUAUCAAAACAGAGAGCUCCUCUUAGCAGCAGACAUCAAUAGUCAGAGUGCAAAGCCCAGAAAAACUCUUAUUGAAGAAAUCAAAAGUCCUCUGUCCAGUAUCCUGGAUGGCUCUGUUGCCCUGGAAACACUGCAGAGGCCCUCCUGGGCUUGGGCAUCAUUGCCUGGACACGCCAGCACACCAGAACCUCCAAAUGUUCCUCGAAGAGAAGACUUGGAAGAGGAAACUAACCAACAAACCAAGGGCCUAGAAAUUUUAUACAGGAACAUGACUGAAAUACAGCGAUGCCUUUUUGAACUCAGAGAUUUUCUGUACAAUGGGAAAAACUCUCCUCCAGUGUAUCCACCCUCUCGGGAUGCCCCUUCUGUUCACAUCAUUUACCAGAAACCUGGUUAUACAGGUCCUGUUGAAAGAAGAAUGGUGCUUCUCUGCAAUGGCAAACUGAGGCUCAGUAUGAUCCAGCAGAUGUUCGGUCUCUCUCUCAUUGAAAUGCUGCAUGUUCUUUUCUUUGCAGACUCCUGCUGGAUCCUGCUUUCUGCUGACAGCGAAGGCUUCAUUCCCCUGACUUUCAUGGCCUCCCAGGUGCUCGUAGUGCGGGACGGCAGUCCACGCCGCUCGGAGGUCCGCAGGGCCUCUCUCUCUCACAGUGGGGACGCUGUGCCUCGGCCGGAGGGCUCCGGAGACCUUACUGCCCGGGGCCGGGACACCCCGGACUGUCCUUGACGCGUGGACAGUGUGGCCUGAUGCGUUUCUGGGAGCCCGUGAUGGCGAGGUCACUCUGCCUCGUAGACUCCGUGCGUCUCCAGCGUCACAGGCAGGCACCGUCGUGGUGGCCCUGGCGGGGUCCCUGGCCAAGGCAGACUGGCUGUAGCAGCACUCGGUGUCUGUGUCACAUGGCUCAGAAUGGGAUCUUUCCGCGGGCAUGACCAUGGAGUUGCAUCUGAGGGCAGAGCGCCUACGCUGGUACCCUGUGCCUUGCGGCCCAUGGUUUCUCUGAGCUUUGUGUGCCUGGUCCGGAGCAGUGUUGCUUGUCGUGGCUCUGAGUGGAGGGCAAGGAGCACUGCUAUGGGGCAGGGAGAGUGACUUAUGCUGCCGCUUAUUUCCAACCUCAGACCAAAGGAGGCCGAAAAACUGACUUCUGCUCCCAGGUGCUGGAGGUCUCUCCGACAUUGGCCGUUCCUCCCAAGAUUUAAACCCAACUCUCUUGCAUCCUUAAACAAUUUCUGGCCAGGCAUGGUGGCAUGCACUUGUAAUCCCAGCACUGGAGAGGCUGAGACAAGAGGAUC